AUGGGAUCCAACAAUAUAACAUAUUUGAACCCAAGAACUGUGACUCUGAUUGGAAUCCCUGGACUAGAGCACGUGCAAUUUUGGAUUGGAUUUCCCUUCUUUGCUGUGUGCAUGGUGGCUCUACUUGGAAAUAUCCUCUUGCUAAUCAUUAUUCCUACAGAACGCAGUCUUCACCAACCCAUGUAUAUAUUCCUGGCAGUAUUGGCAGUUACUGAUUUAGGUCUUUGUCUAGCUAUUGCUCCUAAAAUGUUGGCCAUCUUCUGGUUCGGGUCCUAUUUCAUGGCCUUCGAUGCCUGCUUAACCCAACUUUUCUUCAUUCAUGCUCUGCAGGGCAUGGAAUCUGGUAUUCUGUUGGCUAUGGCCUUUGAUCGUUAUGUUGCCAUCUGUAAUCCUUUGCGUCACUCCUCCAUCCUCACACCUUUCUUUCUAGUUAAAUUGAUACUGAUAGUUGCAAUUCGGGCAACAGUGCUUGUUGGGAUUUUACCUUUUCUACUCAAACGACUGCAUCUUUUCCGCUCUGUUGUUAUUGUCCAUUCUUACUGUGAGCACAUGGCUGUAGUGAAGUUGGCUGCAGAAGAUGUUCGCAUUAACAAAUCAUUUGGACUCUUUGUAGCUUUUUCUAUCCUAGGUUUUGACAUGAUCUUUAUUUUUGUUUCCUACUUUUUGAUUUUUAAAGCUGUUUUUAGACUUCCCCAGAAGGAGGCACGGCUUAAAGCAUUCAACACUUGCACUGCCCACAUUGUAGUCUUCCUAGAAUUUUACAUAUUGGCAUUCUUUUCAUUCUUCAGUCACCGGUUUGGCCAUGUAUCACCCUAUACCCAUAUUCUUCUGUCUACUAUAUACCUGCUUGUUCCCCCUGCACUUAACCCCAUUGUUUAUGGUGUGAAGACCAAGGAGAUACGUAAGCAGGUUGCUCAGAUUUUUAUUCUGAAAUCUGACACCCACCAGUGA